AAGGCGGGGAAAGGGGAGGGCGGGAGUGCGCGAGGGGGUUGCUCCGCCGCGCGGCUUCGCUCUCUCCUCGGCCUCCCCGAGGCGGGCGGGUCACGUGACCUCGGCCCCCGCCCUCCAUUGGCUCCGCCGCCGCCGCCUUUGUGUGGCUCUUUGUGUAUGUGGAGAACCUAUGAGGCCAUUAUUUAUGAAAUUAGAAUUGUCAGAGUGCUCCUUAACCUAGGAGGUUGCUGCCAGGAUGGUGACCGUUGAUGCCAGCCAGUGGGAUGAAACCAUUUGUGACAUGACUGCUUGCCAGCACCCGCCUUGCUGGGAGGCGAUGCGGAGGAUCGAGAGAGGGCAGCCUCGAAUCAUACUAAGGACCCUCAUCUCGUCGGGGAGGGAAUCUCCAGAAUUUGAAUAUGAACUGCCAACACUGAAGAUCGUCAACCUUCCUCUCAAUUAUUCUCAGAAUGAAAAGACCAGUUGCAGUGAAAGUUUGAACUCCCUCUCCAAGGCCAUCUCCAGCAUCAAGGAGGCUAGAACUUAUUUUUCAAGUUCCACUAUAAAUGAAGCUUUGAUUCCCCCAAUGUCUGUACUGAGUUCUGAAAGGAAUCCCUUCCCUGGGCUAAACUCCAGGAUGGAAUCUCACACUCCCUACUACUCACCGAUCAGUUUCACUUCCUUGAGGCAAGCGGAGAAAUUGCAGGUGACAGAUCUCAGUGACUUUGCUGAACCUGGCCUAGGUUGCCAGCCAACCUGCAGUAACUUGAUUCUCAAGUGGGUCCCAAAUACUCAUCAUCGACUUCUGCGGCCCAAGAUCCCAGCCACAGGAGUAGAGACACCCUCUCGAAGACUGUGUGUGAAAGACCUUGCUUUGGAAAGCAUCCUGUGUUUGAAGGAGAAGAAAGAGAUGAAUAGGAAGAAGUCAAAUAAAGUCCCUACAGGAGGCCAACCUUAUCUCCUGCAUCUAAGGAGAAAUCAGAAGGUCCCCAACAAUAAAUCAAGUAAUCCUACAGGCCUAGGAAUGAAUCAGAAGGAAAAUCCUAGCACAAAGAGGCAAUGUUCCUCACACCAUCUGCAGCUGGCUCCCAUAGUGCAGCUGAGUCUAGAGAGCAGGAGGAGAGCACUGACAGACGACAAGGAGGAACCAGCAACUCCAUUUACUGUGCAGAAGGCACGCAGUUUAUAUAGAUUUAAAAUUAAGAGUCCUAUGACAGAAAGAAGCCCAAGAAGAAGCCCAAGAAAACUCAAGGUUGCCUUAGGAGGCUCAGAACAUUUGAAGCAUCCGACUCCAAACCUAGCACAGCUGCUGGUCAAUGCUCAUUCGGUUCCCCAGACCUCAGAGACCUCUGGCCAAGUCAGUGCAAGAGAGAAUCUCCCAAGCAUAAUCCAGCUGCCCCAGGAAGCUGUAACCAGCCGGGCGGUUAGGCCUGCCUCCACAGUCGCCACUUAUUCUCUCCAGUCCACAAAGAAGGAGCUCCAAGCAGAGGACAGCCCCCGUAUGCCCCAAGUGGCCACUGGCAGAAAUAAGACUUCUGUGAAGUUUGUGGAAUACAAAAGCAACAAGACCCAUCUGGUCAUUGAUGACUGUUGCAGUCCUGUUCACCGGGUAUCAAGAAGCGAGUCCUUUUACAAUGAGUAUUGCAAACAUCUGGCACACCGGAAGGAGAGCAUGCUGGCCCAGGGUGAUCCUUCAGCCAGCAACCGAGAGCAAUGGCUCAGGGAGGGGGCUCAGAAGUCAGAGGAGAAUGUUCUGCCCCCUAACCCACCUCCUCCACCUCCUUCCCCACUGCUCUCUGAGAUCAGUGACCAUUCUCCUCUAGAUCUGACUUGAAGCUAAAAAUGCGUGUGCAUGUGUGGGCACGUGCAUGUGUAGGCGCACAUGCACAAGCAGAGACCUAUUCAGGGAGAGUUCCUUUUGUAUGCUGGCAGUUCAACAUAUGCUCUCGGACUUAGUACCAUUAAAAUUCCAGCUACUUCCAUUUGCUGCCUGUGUGGCCCUUAUCUCCAGAACCAAAUUCUGUACGAAUACCUUCGUUUAUCUGUUUUUAGCUAGGAGAUAGGAAGCGCUGUUACACCUUGGAAACUCGCACUUCAUCAAAUGCAUGAAAUACUUUGGGAGAAUUUAAUUUUGUUUCAUAAACUUGUAUUUCACCUCUGCCAGGAGAUCUCUGAAGUGGCUAAGAGUCAUAAAAUACUAAUUAAAAACAAAAACAUUUAUCCAGGUAUUUAACAGAGUAACAUACUGCCUUCCAGUAAAAAACAAACACCACCCCAUAUCAUGCAGUCAGAAUGAACAGCAGAAUAAAAGAUGCAAUAAAGCAGAUGGUAAAAUUUCUUCAGAUGUUAAAAGCCUGGGAACAUAAAAAGGUGCCCUCCAAAUUAACAUAGGUGCCAGACGAGCUUCCCAAGGAAGAGAAUGCCAUAGAUGCAGCACCAGUGUUGAGAAGGUUCUCUCUCCUGCUGUUACCUCCUCAUCCCAGACUGAGGGCACCCAGAGGACAGCCUCCAAAGAUGAACUCUGUACAAGAACAAAAUGAUGCAAGAGAUAACAUUCCCUCCUGUAGGACUUGAAAGGCAGGCAGCACAGGCAAGGUUUGUUCCCAGCACCAAGUCCCAGUUAAUAAUCCAUAUUCCAAGCAAUAUUUUGGAAUAACCAAAGUUUCUGAACAGUCUUCCAAGGAACCCCUAUGCAUAAUGUAUCUCAGUAGCCUAACCUACAUACGAAACCAUAAAGCAUGCUGAUAAAAACUGCAGCUGUACACUAAAAGGAAACCAUGUUUAGAAGCACAGAGCACCAAUGUUAAGAACUUUUAAGAAGCGGCAGAUAAAACACCAUACAAAGCAGCAGGUAAAAGCCGUAUUGGAAAAGCAUGGGCUAAAAUAGUAUUAUUAUUUUAUUAAUAAAGAAAAAGUUAUUAAGAAAGAACUUUUCAACAAAAGGUUCUCAAAACAGUUUACAUAAAACAAUGAAAAAGAUGGGGGGUGGAGAGCUGGUCUUGUGGUAGCAAACAUGAAUUGUCCUCUUUGCUAAGUAAGUAUGCCUUGGUUUGCAUUUGGAGGGGCAACUACAUGUGUGCGCUGUUAGAUAUGCCCUUUAGGGGAUGGGGCCAUAGCUCAGUGGCAGAGCUCCUGCUUUGCAUGCAGAAGGUUCCAGGUUCAAUCUCUGGCUACAUCUCCAGGUAGGGUGGUGGUGGUGGUGGGAAGACUCUUGUCUGAAAUCUUGGAGAAGCUGCUGACAUUUAGUGUAGACAGUACUGAGCUAGAUGGAUCAGUGGUCUGACUCAGCAUAAAGCAGCUUCCUAUGUUCCCAUGUUCCUGUCGUCAGUGGGCUCAUAAUCUAAAAUCAAAUCAUCUUGACUUGGGGCCUAUUAGGGGAUACAGAGUAGGUGAAACCAUGCUGUUGUUUAGGUGCUUGCCCUUCUCUAGGCGUUGAGAAGUUUUAAAGAGUAAAUUUCUUUUGGAGGAGAGACAAUUGGGAGACACCUAUUAUUUUCUGAAAUAGUUUUACAAAUGUACCAUUUGUGAAGAGGUGCAGAAGCAAGCAUACAGGCGGGCAUUUUGAGUCUCCAGACAACAGACAACAUUAAUCUUGUUUACUGCUCCCCCCGCCCCACCUGAAAUCAAAAUAAGCUGCUCUUGUGCUCUUCACAUGUGUGCCAUUCACACGUACAUGUGUGCCAUUCGCAGAACAGCCCGAAGCCAUUUCAUCCAGCCUUUCAUGACCCGUGGGAUGACUCAAGAGUAGGGUGUUUACAAAAUUAGCAUGAAUUGAUUAGAAUUUGAAUCUAUUCGAUUUGGAACCAUUGAACAGAGUGGAGAUUUGUUCGAAUCAAUUUGAAUAUGCCCUAAUUUGAAUCAAGUUUGGGUGAAUUCAAAUCGAUUCAAACAAAUCUCCACUAUGUUCAAUGGUUCCAAAUAAAUUCAAAUCAAUUUGAAUCAAUUCAAAUUUGAAUUGAUUCAUCAAAUUUCAUGCACAUCCCUAAUCAAGAGUUUCCCUUGAAGGGAUAAGGUGACAGUCCUCUCUAUUCUCAUUCAAGAAUUCACUUCAGCUACAUUAUUAUAGUUACUGAAAUUUAGCUGAAAUGUGUAUCAGUGCGAUAAUACCUAGUUUAAUUUGCCUGAAAUUAUUAUUUGUUAUGAGAUUUGAGCUAAGAAAUCCCUGGUUCUUGACAUCUCACUUCUGCCCUGAACUUGCAAGCAGAAUUUAUUUACUGUAUACAGAAUGAUUUGGUUAAAAAAAAUAUUUCUCCUGCUCCGUUUUUGUAUUUUGUCAAACACGUUGUAUUGUUUUGUUUCUGUUAUGGGUAAUUGACCGUAAUAAAGAUUCAUUCAUACA